AGGUUUUAUAUCCGGGGAUAUUGCACAAAAUGGCGGCCCGGAACUGAACCCCAAGGGGGGGGAGGAACAGCAAGGUGGGAGGGGAUGAGCAGCCGCUGCCAUCAACGCCGGGGACCGAAAGCUUCCUGUACCCACCGCAGGGACGUGUCACAAAGCUGCCGUUUUCCUGAGAAUUCCCGGGCCUGAGGCGCUGCUCCCUUCCUCUUUCCCUCAGGCAGCUCGAUUGAAAUAAAAAGGAUGUACCACUGACUUCAGGGGGGAGUGGAUUGCAUUGCUGAACUUGCAGGCUUCAAUUUGGCAGUCUUCUGAGAUGAAGUGUGUCCUUGCAUGAAGAGGUCUGAAUUCCACACAACUAACAACUGUGCAUAAAAGGCCUUGACUUUGGGAAUCUGUCGGCUAAUGCUGGAAUGCCAACAGGAUCUCCAGUCUUUCUCUGCCCUCCAGCAGCAAGAAUACACAUUUCAGGUUGGCUGACCUAAGUUUGAAUGAAUAUUUGUACCACUGGAACCAAAGUCAACAGUGAAUUUUGAAGUUACCAUCCAACACUUAUUGAGUAUAUUGAAGGUGAAUCUUUGUUAGAGGUUUUACAGUUUCAUGAAGAGAAGUGAGAAACCAGAAGGAUAUAGACAAAUGAGGCCUAAAACUUUUCCUGCCAGUAACUAUACUGGCAGUAGCCGGCAAAUGUUGCAAGAAAUACGAGAAAGUCUUAGAAAUUUGCCCAAGCCCUCAGAUGCCUCAAAGGUGGAGCAAAGUGUGAGUAAAAUAUCAACUGAAGAUCCCAGACAAGGCCGAAACCCCCCCAAAUUUGUGACCUAUCAUAAAGCUUUGCAAGAAAUUCGAAAUUCACUGCUUCCUUUUGCAAAUGAAACAACUUCUUCAGCAAGAGGAGCAUCAGAAGUCAAUCGGCAGAUGUUGCAAGAUCUGCAGGCAGCUGGAUUUGAUGAGGAUAUGGUUGUACAAGCUCUAAGACAAACCAACAGCCGUAGCAUAGAAGCAGCAAUAGAAUUCAUCAGUAAAAUGAGCUACCAAGAUCCUCGGAGAGAACAAAUGGCAGCGGCAGCAGCUAGACCAGUUAAUGCAGGCACAAAGCCACCACCAGCAGGGGGUAUGCAGCAAUCGGUGAACCGCAGGCAGAGCUGGAAAGGCUCUAAAGAAUCCUUGGUGCCGCAGAGACAUGGUCCUGCAAUGGGAGAUGGCCUAGCAUUUCAUUCAGAAAGCCCUAUUUCUCAGGCUGAUGUAGGAAGACCCUUGUCAGGUUCUGGGAUAGCUGCAUUUGCUCAGGCUCAUCCUGGCAAUGGACAAAGAGUGAAUCCACCACCUCCACCUCAAGUAAGGAGUGUUACUCCCCCUCCUCCGCCUCCCAGAGGAACAACUCCACCACCUCCUUCCUGGGAAACAAAUUCUCAGACAAAACGGUAUUCUAGUAGCAUGGAAUAUAUGAUAUCUCGCAUUUCUCCAGUACCACCAGGAGCAUGGCAGGAUGGCUAUCCUCCCCCAUCUAUGAAUCCAUCACCCAUGAAUCCUCCUGUACAGGGACAGAGAGGCAUUAGUUCUGUUCCUGUUGGCAGACAGCCAAUAAUCAUGCAGAGUUCAGUUAACAGCAAAUUUAGUUUUUCAACUGGAAGGCCUGGAAUCCAAAAUGGCAAUUGUCAGACUGAUUAUAUAGUUCAUCAGAAUAUUGUGCCUGGUAACGCAGCAAAUCGUCAACCACCACCUCCAUACCCUAUGUCCCCGACUAACCAGCAAAGUCCUACUCCUUUGCAAAUGCAAGCAGGAGGAUCUGCAGCCCCUUCAACCUAUCCUAAUGGAAACAUUCCUCAGUCUAUGAUGGUGCCAAACAGAAACAGCCACAAUAUGGAACUAUACAAUAUAAAUGUUUCAGGGAUUCCAACAUCCUGGCCACAAUCAUCAUCUGGCAGUGGACAUGAAAUUCCAGCAUGGCAACCCAAUAUUCCAGUAAGAUCAAAUUCCUUCAAUAAUCCCCUUGGAAACAGACAGAGCCAUACUGCUAAUACACAGCCUUCUGCCACCACAGUAACUGCUGUUACUCCUGCUCCUAUACAACAGCCAGUAAAGAGCAUGCGUGUAUUAAAACCAGAGUUGCAAACUGCCUUAGCUCCUACUCAUCCUUCUUGGAUGCCGCAACCAUUGCAAGCUGUCCAGCCCAUCUCCUUUUCUGAGGGACCAUGCACAAAUAUGACCGUUCUGUCACCUACUGCAGAAGCUCCAAACUAUCAAGGUCCACCUCCACCUUACCCGAAACACUUACUACACCAGAAUCCAUCCAUCACUCCAUAUGAAUCUGUAUCAAAACCCAGUAAAGAGGAGCAGCCCAGUUUAUCUAAAGAAGAAGAUAAUGAAAAGAAUGAGAACAGUGAAGGAAUAGAUAGAGAAAAGAAGCAAAUAACAACCUCACCUGUCCCUCUUAGGAAAAACAAGAGAGAUGAAGAAAGAAGGGAGUCUCGCAUUCAGAGUUAUUCUCCACAGGCUUUUAAGUUCUUCAUGGAGCAGCAUGUAGAAAACAUACUCAAGUCUCAUCAACAGCGCCUGCAUCGUAAGAAACAACUAGAAAAUGAAAUGAUGCGGGUUGGGUUGUCCCAAGAGGCCCAGGAUCAAAUGAGGAAAAUGCUAUGCCAGAAGGAGUCCAAUUACAUCCGUCUGAAAAGGGCUAAAAUGGAUAAAUCAAUGUUUGUUAAGAUUAAGACGCUUGGAAUUGGGGCAUUUGGAGAAGUCUGCUUAGCAAGGAAGGUUGAUACAAAUGCCUUGUAUGCAACAAAAACUCUACGAAAAAAAGAUGUCUUGCUUCGAAACCAGGUUGCUCACGUUAAAGCUGAACGAGAUAUUCUUGCAGAGGCCGACAAUGAGUGGGUAGUUCGUUUGUACUAUUCAUUCCAAGAUAAAGACAAUUUGUACUUCGUAAUGGACUAUAUUCCUGGAGGAGAUAUGAUGAGCCUCUUAAUUCGAAUGGGGGUGUUCCCAGAAAAUAUGGCCCGAUUCUACAUAGCAGAACUGACGUGUGCAGUUGAAAGUGUUCAUAAGAUGGGCUUCAUUCAUAGGGACAUAAAACCUGAUAACAUUCUGAUUGAUCGUGAUGGCCAUAUCAAAUUGACAGACUUUGGACUUUGUACUGGCUUUCGGUGGACACAUGAUUCCAAAUACUACCAGAGUGGUGACCACCCUCGUCAGGACAGCAUGGAUUUCAGUAAUGAAUGGGGAGAUCCAGCAAACUGUAGGUGUGGGGACAGAUUAAAACCUCUCGAACGAAGAGCAGCACGCCAGCACCAGCGCUGUCUAGCACACUCGCUUGUUGGAACACCCAAUUAUAUUGCACCAGAAGUAUUGUUACGAACGGGAUAUACACAGUUAUGUGACUGGUGGAGUGUUGGAGUGAUUCUCUUUGAAAUGUUAGUUGGACAGCCUCCCUUCCUGGCACAAACACCACUAGAAACACAGAUGAAGGUCAUCAAUUGGAAAACAUCUCUGCACAUCCCACUACAAGCAAAAUUAACUCCAGAGGCAUCUGAUCUUAUUAUUAAGCUGUGCCGAGGACCAGAAGACCGUUUAGGCAAGAAUGGGGCAGAUGAAAUAAAAGCACAUCCAUUUUUUAAAUCAAUUGACUUUUCAAGUGACCUGCGGCAGCAGCCUGCUUCUUUCAUUCCUAAAAUUACACAUCCCACAGACACAUCAAACUUUGAUCCAGUUGACCCUGAUAAAUUAUGGAGCGAGGAUAAGGAAGGAAAUGUAAAUGACACGCUUAAUGGGUGGUAUAAAAACGGUAAACAUCCUGAACAUGCUUUCUAUGAAUUCACAUUUCGAAGGUUUUUUGAUGACAAUGGUUACCCUUACAGCUAUCCAAAGCCUAUUGAAUAUGAGUAUAGUAGUCCUUGCAAACUGGAGUCACAGUCAGAUGAAGAUGAUGAAAGGAUCAGUAAACCAGUCCAAAAUCGUGAUUUAGUUUAUAUUUAGUACAUAAGUGAAAACAGUUGAAGCAUUUUUUUUAAAGGAUUUCAAAUCUGUGUUGCAAAAAACCCUGGGGUGAUUAUGGAAAGCUGCUUUUUGCACGCUUGGGGAGGAGGAAGGAAAUUUUAUCACUAUUCAUUUUUUUCCAGUUCCCUUUCUCCCCUUCACAAAACAGUUGUCUUUUUCAAGCCUUAAUUUAUUCUAGCAUUGUUAAUAUAGAAAACAAUAAUGUUAGGAAAACUAAAUAAUGGGAUUUAAAGGGGUUUUUGUAAAAUAUUCAGAAUAGGAAUUUCUUUAGGAAAUGAGAUUAUAUUGUCUAUUUCUGUAUAGACUAUGAUAUACACUAACCGCCCCCGCCCCCAUUAAUUUUUCAGUGACAAUUUUUUGCCUUUCAUUGACCAUAUACCAUAUGUACCCUGUGCUUACUAAGCUGGCAAUCACUGCUUUUGGCUACUCACAAUACCAAAUCCUAUUGAAGAUGAGGAUUAAGAGAGUAAACUGGCUGGUAGGGAUUCCUGGACACUGGUAGCUUACAGGGCUUGCAGCUUUGGAACUAGGAACCCUUAGGUUUUCUUCUGACUAUAUAUGAUGAGGUCCAGAUUAGCUCAUUAUUUUAAUUUUGCUUUGCUUGAUAGUUGGAGACACGUAACUGGAUUUGUGGUGCUAGGCAAUAAUUCAGCAUUGAGGCUGAUUUGGGUGUAUAUGUAUGUGUUAAGUGAUAUUGGCCUAUCACAGAACAUCAACAAAACAGUUUCUAUUGUAUUUUUGCUGGUUGCUCUCAUCCUCAAGUUUUUAACAAGAAAUGGACUGAAGAUUCUCUGGCUCCUACAGUGCUUAGUUGCUAAGGCUCUUAAACUAUCCCAGAGAUAGCCAGUAAGAAAUGCUAUAGCUGGAUUGUCUGCAGCUCCACUAUUACUAUCCUGGCACUGUAUCAUUCCAAACCAAAGGGCUAGUUUUAAAAUAGGUGGUUCUGUUUUAAACCAGAUUAACUAUUUUGGACACACCCAUGCUUAAUAGAAUAAAUAUAACUCCUCUUUCCUGGACACUAAUUGGCGUAGCCUCUUGUAUGAUACAUUAAAUCAUGUUUUUCAUGGUAUUCAGAUGUCUAUAUAGAUCUGCUUAUCUUGAUGUGGAGAGAGUUCUUGCUUCCUGUAUGCAGGGCACUUGUUCCUGUUACAAGUAACUGUUCGGCUUACAAAGCUUGUAGUUAUCAAGAGUGAUUAAAUUUUUCAUUCCAGAACCAGCUGCUUUGAAGUAAAGGGAAAUCUGCUGAUCAUACAA